AUGGCAGCUCCCAAAGCGAAAGCAGAGGCGCCUUCGACGCCAAAAGCCAGCCUACCAACAAACCCCCAAGAGAGUAUGUCUCAACCCACGGAGUCAAUUUCUACCUCCGGAUUUCUUGCAGAGGUGUACAAGGAGAAGCCCCUAGGGUCUGCUGGGGUUGAGAGGAUCGUCACUCGUUUCCCCCCAGAGCCAAAUGGUUUCCUUCAUUUAGGACAUAGCAAAGCCAUUGCAAUCAAUUUUGGCUUCGCGGAACAUCAUGGUGGAGACUGUUAUUUACGCUACGAUGAUACCAAUCCUGCUAAGGAGGAGAAGAAGUACUUUACAGCUAUUGAAGAUAUGGUUAGAUGGCUAGGCUUUAGCCCUGUCAAGAUUACAUAUUCAAGUGACUAUUUUGAUACCCUCUAUGAGCUUGCCGAGGACUUGAUCCGUCGAGAUGCCGCUUAUUGCGAUAUUCAACCUCCAGAAAGUGAAAUUGCCCAGCAACGCGGUGGUGGUAAAGGUGCCACUCCCCGCUACGCUUGUGGGCAUAGGAAUCGUCCAACCGAUGAGUCGCUCACAGAGUUCAGGGCAAUGCGCGACGGCGAAUAUGGUCCUCAAGAAGCUUUGCUUCGCAUGAAGCAGGAUUUGACGUCUAAUAACCCCCAAAUGUGGGAUUUGACUGCCUAUCGUGUGAUUCAACCAUCAAAGUCUAGCAACGCAGAAGAGCACGUUGAAGACGAAAAUCCAGACCAUACAGCUGGAGUUCACUAUCGUACUGGAGACAAAUGGAAAAUUUAUCCAACAUACGACUUUACUCAUUGUCUGGCAGAUAGCUUAGAGGGUAUUACCCACUCCCUAUGCACGACUGAGUUUGAGACGUCGAGAGUUUCCUACAAUUGGCUAUGUGACACGCUUGGUGUUUAUAGACCCAUGCAGCGAGAAUAUGGCCGACUCAAUUUGUCUGGCACUGUGCUGUCUAAACGAAAAAUCAUGGACUUGAUUUCGAAGGGGCAUGUUCGUGACUGGGAUGACCCCCGUUUGUACACACUGAUUGCUCUUCGGCGUCGUGGUAUUCCACCAGGAGCCAUCCUAUCGUUCGUCAGCAAGCUUGGGGUCUCCAAAGCUACAACAACGAUUGAAAUCAAGAAGUUUGAACAGUCUGUUCGGCAGUAUCUAGAAGUAACUGUUCCGCGCUUGAUGGUCGUACUUGAUCCAAUUCGCAUUGUGAUCGAUGAUCUUCCUGAAAAUUAUCUGGAAAUGGUGGAACUGCCGUACUCUAAAGAUCCGGAAUUUGGAACACACCAAGUUCCAUUCACUCGAACGGUAUAUAUCGAUCGAAGCGACUUCCGCGAGACGCCCAGCAAGGAUUUCUUCCGGCUUGCUCCAGGCACAUCCGUCGGUUUGCUCAAAGUACCAUUUCCCAUAACUGCAACCAGUUUCGAGACGGACCCAGAUAGCGGACUUGUCACAUUGGUGCACGCUCAAUACGAUAAGCCUGCGGAAGGUACCAAGUUUAAAAGGCCCAAAGCCUAUAUUCACUGGGUAUCGGAUUGCCCGUCGCUGAAUAGCCCUGUUAAGGCCUGCGUUCGUGUCCACAAUCCUCUGUUCACCUGCGACAAUCCGGAUACGCACCCGGAUGGCUUUCUUUCCGUCAUAAAUCCUCAGUCGGAAGAAACAUUCCCCGGUGCAAUGAUUGACAUUGGUCUCCACGAGAUCACUCAAAAGGCCCCUUGGCCGAAAACUAAGAGUGAAGAAAUGGCAACGGAUUCCCAGGCAACUCCAGAGACUGUUCGAUUCCAGGGGAUGCGAGUGGCAUAUUUUUGUCUAGACCGAGACAGCACGGCCGAUUACAAAGUCUUAAAUAGGAUUGUGUCAUUGAAGGAAGACACAAAUAAAUAA